AUGCCCCUUUUGCCCAACAUUAUCCUGCGCCCCACGAUGCGCCACACCGCACUCCUCCGCAAGGAGAACAAUGCUCUCAUGGCCGAGAACGCGCGGCUGCACGCCGAGCGCGCGGUCUUCACCGACUUCGAGGGUGGCGAACUCAAAUUGUUUCGCGAGGCCAACGACUCCCUUGUCGCCACCAACCUCCGCUUGGAGAAGGAGCGGGACACCCUCGCUGCACAGCUCAAGAGCCUGGGUGGCGUGGCGGUCAUUGAGGAGGUCCGGGAGAUGCGCAACGCUCUCGCCCAGGCUAACCAGCGGGCGAUGGAGAUGGAUUUCGCGAUGGCGAUCAAGACCUCCGAGCUUGAGACUGCGCGAAAUGAAAUGACGCGCCUGCGGAAGGAGGUCGACAGUUUUCGUAAGCUAUGUAGUGAGAUGGCGCGUCGGCGGCGGCCUGACGACGGUGUAUUUUACGACUUCACACAUCUCCUCAAUACUCCAAGCCGGCCCACUCCUAUCCCGAACAAGGACUCACACGACCACAUCAUCGUCGGGAAGGCGCCUACCUUCAAGCUUACCACCAAGCCCGAGCCACCAAAGCAGCGUCAGAGAAAGCCACUCGCCACUAGCACCCCUCGUAGCACCAGCUCGUCUCCUCCCGACGGUCCUGACUAUCGCUCCACGCAUCUGGAAGCCCCUCCCUCCGCUCCCCAGCCCUUCUUCCUCACCUUCAACAAGGCAGCAGAAGCCAAUGCUCGCCACCUCUAA